UCUUGGUAAAACAUCUCUCACUACUGUCUCACUGGAUUUUACCAAUUUGAAUGAAGAAAAUAAUUGAUUUUAUUAAUGACUAAGUAAUUAUUUAAGUAUUAAAGUAUUAUUUGGAUUGAAAUAAGAUGUGACAACUCUUUUGGGAAAACGACUACGUAUUGGUAUUGUCUGCAUAUUUUCUAUUGGACAUUGUUUUUGAUGAUGAGUGUCUUAAAUAGGCACAUGUGCUUGAAAGUAGCGGAAUGACAACGGAAAGACAACCUUGCAACGAUUAUUCGACUCUCAGGACACUGGUUGAUGUCCAUAAGACAAUGCCGGUGGUUAAAGUUGAGAAAGAUUCAUCCUCCGAUGUUUCUCCAUCUAUUGCCAGUACCCCCACUGAUGAAAUUCCAAGAGGUCGUCGGAGGAAACGGCCCCUUCAACGAGGCAAACCACCGUACAGUUACAUCGCUCUGAUUUCUAUGGCCAUCGCUAACUCUCCGGACCGUAAACUGACUUUGGGGGGGAUUUACAGAUUUAUCACAGAAAAGUUUCCAUUCUACCGGGACAACUCCAAGAAGUGGCAAAACUCUAUACGCCACAACUUGACACUUAAUGACUGCUUCAUCAAGAUACCGCGGGAGCCCGGGAGACCUGGAAAGGGUAACUACUGGGCACUUGACCCCAAUGCCGAGGACAUGUUCGACAGUGGAAGCUUUCUCAGGCGAAGAAAACGCUUCAAGCGAUGCGAUUUAUCCACCUACCCAGCAUACGUCCACGACUCCCCUGUUUUCACACAGAUGCCGGUGACCCGGACUUCGUAUUCCAGCUCCAUGUAUUCCAACGUGGCAGUGAACCCUUCUUACGGCCAGCAAAUACCGUCGCCAUACUACCCACCGUCUUCACCGAACUUCAAUGCCAGCCAGUCCCGAAUGUUUGGCAUCAGCAGCUUCAUAGGGCAUCACAGUGGUAUGGGAUCGGGCACUGACCUAAUCCAGCAACCGAGUGGCAGUUUCAGCCCGGAUCUGGGCUCAGCCAACUCCUGCAACCUGCCUUGCGCGGGCUUUCAAACCCAAUCUUGCAGAGGGGCGAUGCUGUCCCGAGCCUCCAAUCACACGUCUUUCUCUUACCCCCUGCCAAAUGGACACAUGUCAGGACAGAGCACAUAUCCACAGGCGAACAAUCAGAUUUACGCGCCUUCGAGUCGAUUUGGGAUUGCCGGAUCUUCUAUCGUAACAAAUGACUGUGUGGACCCAUACGGGAGAAUGUCUCCCGCUUUGCCCCCGUCGUUAGCUCAGUAUAACAGCGGUGACACUAACCCGUAUCUGAGACACCAAGCAUAUUCUGGUAACAUGGAAAGGUUUGUGUCUGCAAUUUGAUAAAGUCUAAAUAACACUUGUAUGUUUAAUUUUAAUUGAUACAUUGGUUAGUUCGAUGUUCGUGGGCGAAUUUAUUUUCCUUUUAGGUGUGCUGGCCUGUUUACAGGGGAAUACAAGUAUCCGUUUGGUUGAACUGAUGACACUGUUAGCCUAUAUCUCUAUUUAGUCACAAAAAGGUUGCACGUUUUAUUUUUAUUCUCCUGCCACAAAAAUCCCACCACUGCACGAGCCCUGAGUGCACAUCGGUAGUGAUUUAAACUAUAUUUAAGAACCUGAUGUGAGUUAUUUUCUGAACUGACCAUUUUUUCUGAUGUGAAUCUCAUGUUAAUAUUUUAUUUGAAUCUGCGACUAAAUGAUGCCAUUAAUUAACUCAGACAUUACCGUUUAUCUUUUAUAACCACUUGACAGUGUGUGUUUGUUUUAUGUCAGGCCUAUAUAGACCUACGAAUUCCAGUUUUCUCAGUUGUUUGCUGUAUCAAAUUCGCUCUGUUUCAUAUACUUCAUGAGAAAAUAAAAAACGAUAUCCACAAAGAA